UCUGUUUUAUCGUUCACACCGCCAGCGUGGUAAACGUCAAUGCCAAGACGGUCUUAUAUUUUAAACGUAAAUAGCACAUCCAUACGCUAAAAUGGACUUUUUCAACAAAAAAGUGAGUGUUCUGAAGCUUGCCGCUGCUGUAUUGCUAUGUUUUCACCUCUCAAGCCCAGUAAAUGCAACAUGGGAAUACAGUACCCACGAGACCGGUGUAGACUUCGUGCCGUACCGUCAAAAGCGGGACGCGCCACCCCCGCCGCCGAGCGCCGCGCCGGAGCCAGCGGCCGCGCCGAUCGCGCCGAAAACCGCCGACGCGCCGCCGCCGACAAACGCCACUGUUGAGGACAGCAAUAGGACUACUAAUCUCACGGCUCCUACAACCACCACCACUACGGCCCCAGUGUCAGUCACGAAGAUCCCACUGCUGGGGGUCAACGGAUCUGGCAUAUACAAGGGGAACACCUCCGUACCCAAAGUGAGCGACCCAAUACUGGCCGACGACAACAUAACGACUACCAACUUUGAGCAGCAAGAAACCAUGAUUGAAGCUCAAAAGAACAUCAGCAAUUUGACUUACGACCACCACAUAUUCUACAACAGCACGUUCAUAGGCAACGUGACCUUCUUCCAAGAGCACUGGGCCAACAUCACCAAACCCAAGCUGGACAUACACGCGGUGCUUAGCAACUCGCACAGGCGGGCUACGACCCUGAAGCUCUCCUUCCCCUUCCCCUUCUACGGGCACCCCCUCCACAACAUCACCGUCGCCACCGGCGGGUUCCUGUACACCGGCGAGCACGUGCACAACUGGCUCGCGGCCACGCAGUACAUCGCGCCGCUGAUGGCCAACUUCGACACCACUCUCACCAUCGACAGCUGCGUCAGGAUGUACGACGACGGCGAGAAAUUCACCGUUCUCUGGGAGAACGUGAAUCUUCGUGAGGACAAAACGAAGAAUUUCACGUUCGCCGCCACCCUGUAUAAGAACGGGGACAUAACGUUCGCGUACAAGGAUAUACCGAUUCCGGUGCAGUUGAUCAAUGAUAACGAGCACCCGGUCAAAGUGGGCAUCUCUGACGCCUACCUCACUGACAGGAUGAUGUUCUACGUCCGAAGGAAGACGAUCUACGAAUACCACCGCGUGACGUACAAGGGGCACAACAUCACCAGCAACACCCUGCUCAAGAUGAUCGCGUUGCCGACCUGCCUCCAGUACAACACGUGCGAGGAGUGCACCAAUCACGACACGGAGUUCAAUUGCUCGUGGUGCGAGGCGCUCAAGAAAUGCUCCAGCGGCACUGACAGAAACAAACAGGACUGGGUGCUGAGAGCAUGCGACAAAACUCAAAUAGUGAACGCCAGCCAAUGCCCGGCCAGCCCGAGCCCGCCACCCGCCGGCACCGACGUCAGCGGCACCGUGUACGUCACCGACGGCGAGCCGAGCCGGCACGAGGCCGUCAUCAACACACAGCCAGAAGUGGUCCCGUCCGGGCAGGCGGUUAAGGCGCCGGUGCCGGCGCCGCACGCGGGCGGGUCGCCUGUGGGCGCGGCCGUCUCCGCCAUCGCCGCCGUAGCCCUGGUGGCCGCGCUGGCGGCCUGGCUCCUCUACGCCUUUAAGAACCCGCACACCAGGAGCGGGCAGCUGCUCAUCAAGUACCGACCAUCCCAAUGGAGCUGGCGACGGGGCGAGGCGCGCUACACCGCCGCAACCAUACAUAUGUAAACAACCUUUCCAAAUUACCGUCCUGAGAGGCAGCCCUGGCCGAAAGGUACCUUAGGCCCUGGAGUAUGUUUGCUAAACUAAAUUGAGCCUUAUC